UGAGAAGAUAUCACAGUUUAAGUAAUUCUUCGCUCGAAAUACUGGUACAUUAAUUGUACUGGGUAGAUCUAUCUCUAGCUUGGUGGGAUUUAAAGUCAAUGAGGAAGUAUAAAACUUGGAAUCCCAACAUUUCAAUGGCCGCCAUGACACCUAUGAUAUUAGUGCACAAUUCCUUUUGAAAAAUAUGGAAGCCUCGACAGCACAAUACGUUUUGGAGUGUGGCACUGAAGACUGUGAGAACAACUGCCAGUUUUACUGCAAUCAUUGUCACCGAGAACUGUGUGAACAAUGCAAAGAUGAACAUCAGAAAAGUCCAGAUACUAAGAGCCAUGAAGUGGUCCCCUUCCUACAGCACAAACGUCUUCUUCCUGUGGACAAAUGCAAGCUCCAUCCAACUCGAAAUGCAGAUAUUCUAUGCAAUGAGUGCAACAUUCCUCUAUGUUCAAAGUGCACAACCAUGGAAGAACACUUCGGCCAUAAAUUUGUUGAUAUGGAGGACAUUGAUGCAGAAAAAUUGGCAUUUUGUUUAGAAGAAAUUUCAAAAAUCCAAGAAUAUUUCCUUCCAACAUCAAAAGAAUUGAAAACGAAGACAGAUGAAGAUGGCAAAGAAGUAAAGAAAACCAUGGAUGGUAUCAGAAACUCCAUAAAGGCAGAAGCCAAGUCUCUGAAAGACCUGGUAGAUAAGGUGACAUCAGACAAUUUGGAACAAGCCAAUACCAUAGAAAAGUCAUUACUUAAAGUGUUAAAACAACAAGAGAAAACAUACGAUGAUUACAAUAAGUACCUUGAAAAACUUCUAAAAGAGUUUCAUGACUACCUCCCUUUAAGCAAUUUCAAAGUUUUAUUAUCUGCAAAAUUUGAAAAUUCAAAAAUCCAAUCCAUACCAGAGACUACUCAACCAGUCCCACCAGUGUUUACUGCUGGUCAAUUCACCUAUGAUGAUGUCAGCAAGUUACUUGGAAAAAUAGGUGUCCCAAACAUUAAACCUGAUAAAAGGAAAAUAAAACUCAUGGCUACUUCAUUAACACAGUUGAAACCUACAGGGAAAGAGAUGAAGCAAGAUAAAGAGAAAUCAGACGUGAAACAAACACUGUCUCUGUCUUCCUCUGUCACCAAGGUCAGGAAGUACACAGUACCAGGUGUUGACAGUGUAUACCAUAUAUCACUAGAUAAAUCAGGCAGAUUCUGGGCCAGUGAUGAGAGUGGUAACCUUGUCCAAAUAGAUCUACAGGGGAAUCAGCUACAGAAGAUACAAACCAGUGGUGGACAUCAAGGCUACCACACAGUCACACAGGACGGGGAUCUGAUCUAUACAGACAGAAAGAACAAAGUCAUCAAUAGGAUAAAACAGGAUAAUACGAUAACUGAAUUCCUUAAACCAGGAGACUGGGAACCAAUCAGCAUACUCUCCUCCCACAUCAACGGGGACAUACUGGUGGGGAUGAGGAAGGAUGGAGAGGCUAAAGUCACCAGGUACAACAAGACGGGGAAAGAAAUACAGAACAUACAGAGAAACAACAAAGGACAGGGACUGUAUCGUAAUCCACACUAUAUCACAGAAAACAUCAAUGGGGAUAUCUGUACCUCAGACUAUAACAAACAUGCUGUAGUGGUAGUUAAUAAAUCAGGACAACACAGAUUCUCCUACACAGGUUGGGGGUCAGGGUUUUCUCCCUGUGGUAUCUGUACUGACCUCCUCGGUCAUAUCCUUGUUUGUGAUGGUUAUUUUCUGAUGCAUAACACAGUUUACAUCCUGGAUCCGGAUGGUCGUUUCUUGUCUUUACUACUCACACCACAACAAGGGAUAAAAGUUCCCUGUUGUCUAUGUGUAGAUGGUGAGAACAAUCUCCAUGUGGGACAAUAUAACACCAACACAGUGACAGUGUACAAGUAUCUACAGUGAUUCUCUCUAUAUAUGUCAAACAUAUCAGACAUCAAAUCUGAAUAAUGUAAUCUUUCUAGUAUAAAAAAACAUCAUGUAAAUGAGCGUAUUCUCUUAUUCUGUAAAUUCUAAAAUCUUUCAGACCAUAUUGUAUUCCAGUAUCAUAAAUGUAUACUUUGUUUUUGUUUAUUUUUUUUUAAUGCAACAAUUUUUUGGUACAUGUACAGUACCUCUAUAAUGUACAUAUUCUACGAAAAAAUAUUUUUAGUUUUGAAAAUAAACAAAGAAUUCUUAUAUGUGUCAUAAAAAGUUUCUAAAUGACAUAUUCCAUUUAAUACUUGUAAGUAAAUUAAUUGCUUUGUUGUUUAUUUAGGGUCUAAAUUAAUAUUGACUGAUUUUUUAAAGUUUGAUUUAUAAUGCUAUGCACCAUUUAAUUAAUGUUAAAAGGGUAGUUUUAUACUGUAACAGCCUAAAGCAUUUACGUUGUAGGCUUUUAUAUAUGAUUCUAUUCAACAUGACAAACAAAGUUUGUUUAUACUGACCUCAUGUUCAAAAUACAUGUAUUCCUUAGGUCUGUUUAAAUUUUU